AGCCAGGGAGCGCCGCUUCCGGGUGCGACGGCUCGCGCCGCAGGCGGGAUGGGGGCGGCCCGAGACCCCGAGCAGCCGCCGGGCCCGCCCGGGGACGAUGGGCCGCACGAGGGCGACGGGCAGCUCGUCAGCACGAGCCCCUGGAACAUCAUGAUCAAACACCGGCAGGUGCAGCGGCGCGGGCGGCGCUCGCAGAUGACCACCAGCUUCACAGAUCCUAUGGUCUCCAUGGACUUGCUGCGAGCUGUUCUGCAACCGAGCAUCAAUGAGGAGAUCCAGAACGUCUUCAACAAGUACAUGAAGUUCUUCCAGAAAGCAGCGAGCAAUGUGCGAGAGAACGUGGGGGAGGAAGUGGACUCAGAGCAGCUGAUCCAGGAGACAUGUCGGAACUGCCUGGAACAGGCCAAGCUGCUGUUUUCUGAUGGCAAGAAGGUGAUCCCCAGGCUGGCCCACGAGCAGCCGGUGCCCAAGCGUGCUCGGCAGGUAGAGGAGGAGUCCAGUCAGCGAGGAAGCCCCAUUCCCAAGAAGAGGAAGGGGCGGCCUCCUGGACAGAGUCUGUUGAACGACCGUGGGGCCUCGGGCAUGGCUACGUGGAAGCUCAAAUCCUCGGAGCUGCUGCGGCGCGACGGGCCAAAGUGGGAUCCUUCCCGGCUGACUGAGACCACAACUUUUGUGCUGGGAUCUCGAGCAAACAAAGCUCUGGGGAUGGGAGGAACCAGAGGGCGGCUCUACAUCAAACACCCGCACCUCUUCAAGUACGCGGCCGACCCUGAGGACAAGCACUGGCUGGCAGAGCAUCAGCACAUGAGGGCUACCGGGGGCAAGAUGGCCUAUCUCCUGCUGGAGGAGGAUAUUCGGGACCUGGCUGCCAGCGGUGAUUACAGGGGCUCGGUGGAGCUGAAGCUGGAGGAGCUGAAACCGUUCAUCCCCCCGGCCUGGAUGACGGAGAAGAUGCAGAAGCACAUGGAGACGCUGCGCAACGAGGGCGACACACCCGCGGACGAGCCCCACGAGGCCUGAGCAGCCGCGCUGGCACCCAUGGACUCACUGCUUCCCGCUGCCCCGAGCCCUGGCAGAGCCUGCGCCCCGCGCCAGGGGCAAAUUGCAAUAAAGGCUGGAACUGCU